UCGAGCCUCCUGACGGGCCUGCGGGUCGCGAGUCGCGCGGGCCGGGCCUGGCUCCCGGCGGCAUGUUCCUGGCGCGCCUGACUCCCCAGCUGAUCAGGGCUGUGCCCUGGACAGGCUGCAGCCGGCCCUGGCCCAUCUCAGCGGCGCUAGGCAGCCGUGCUUGCUGGUCCCCCUACGGCUUGCAGCCAGUCGGCCCGAGUAGGGCUGCCUCCCUCCCUGGCAAGGGGGUCCAGCUGGCGCCCGAGGAGUUGCUGGUUCCCAGGAAGAUGGCCAUCAGCCCCCUGGAGAACUGGCUGACGGUGCGAUACCUGUUCCCCAGACUGGAUGCUGGAGCCCCCGGGUCAGGGGCUACAGGCCAAUCGUGUGAGUGUCCACCACCGAGCCUGGUGGAGGAGGAGAUCCCUCAGGGCGAUGGAUACACACCUCCGAUGCAGUGCAAAAAUGUUCUGAAGAUCCGCCGUCGCAAGAUGAACCAUCACAAGUACCGCAAACUGGUCAAGAGGACCCGGUUCCUUCGGCGCAAGGUUCGAGAAGGACGUCUGAAACGAAAGCAGACCAAGUUUGAGAGAGAGCUGAAGCGCAUCUGGCUGAAGGCGGGCCUCAAGGAGGCCCCUGAGGGCUGGCAGACCCCCAAGAUCUAUGGGAAGAACAGAUGAGCCUGGGAUCCCAUUCUCCUGCCCCACCUGAUUUCUACUGGUGACUUGUUUUAAUAAAGCUUGGGGGGACCCAGUUGUCCCAGGCUGGC